AUGAAACUGCUGCACUACUGUAAAGUAUUGUUAUUUUCCCUUCCAUUAAAUAUAUUGGUGUAUAGUAAAAAUAAACCAUACAUCACACCACGUCAUACACCAAAUACUACAUCACGAGUAUUAAGCGAAUGUGAUAUAAAUACGUCCAUUUAUCAUAAUGAUCCGGAUAUGAAAUCUGUGAAAGAAAAUUUCGAUCGACAAACCUCACAAAGAUUACGAGAAUAUGACGAAAGGUUGCAAGAUAAACGACAAAAACGUAAAGAACAACGUGACAAAAAUAUACAAAAAAUUAUUCAUAAAGAUAAAAUGGAGAAAAAAUUAGCAGAGAAAAUAGAAAAAGGUUGUCUUAUGUGUGCGUGUGGGCUAGGAAGUGUUGCAGGAAGUGUUGGAUUAUUAGGGGGAUUUGGUAUCUAUGUUUCUAAAAGCGCAGCGUUGGCAACAGCUAUAGCUGAAGGUGCUGAGACCGCUAAAGCUGCCGGUGAAGCUGCACGUAUUCCAGCAGCUAUUGAUGCAGUCAUUAAAGGAAUAACAAAAGUAUUUGGUGUAUCGACUCUAGGUGUUCAGCGAUUGGAAUCAUUAUUUACUGCAAAUAUUUAUAAUAAUGUUACAAUGAUUGCUCGUGCCAUAAAUGAACAAUAUAAUCCAUCGUCAUGUAUAUUACCUAUCGGUGGCUCUGGCGCUGAUAAGUCUAUUUGCCCUUGGGUGAUGGAAAAAUAUCUACCUGCACAAAACAUUCCAGAGAUGACUCGAGGUGGAGCUCUUUCAAUGAAUGAUGUUAUAGAAACAGCUGUAAAAUCUAUCGUCACAGAUGCCAAAACUGUUGCUGAAACAGCUGCAAAAAAGGCUACUGAAGAAGCUAUAAAAGCUAGCACUGAUGCAGUAGAAUCUGCAUAUGCUGCUUGUCAGACUGCUAUAAUUGCUUCUGUAGUUGCAAUAUUGGUAAUAGUUUUGGUUAUGAUGAUAAUAUAUUUAAUUUUACGUUAUCGUAGAAAAAAAAAAAUGAACAAAAAACAACAAUACACAAAAUUAUUAAAUCAAUAA